AUGUCUGCUCAGCAGCAGUAUUAUCCUCCUCCCCCGGGAUCCGGACCUGGAGGGCCACCGCAGUCGCAGUAUCAACAGUCGCCGCCGCAGCAGCAGCAGCAGCAGCAACAACAACAACAGACACAAUACCUUCCGCCACCAACAUCGCCUCCCGCAAGCCGAACACAGUUCUACCCUCCGCCACCUCAGAGUUCGCCUGGUCACGCUGUCAACUACCCUCCGCCUCCCCAGGCCUCCCCAGGACAGCAGUUGAACUACCCCCCUCCUCCUCACCAUACCCCGUCACCUCAGCUAUCUCAGCAACAUAGCACCCAACAUUAUCCUCCACCACCUCAGCAAACACCAUCACCUCAGAUUCAUCAGCAUGCUCCCCCCCAGCAAUAUCCCCCUCCUCCAACAGCUUCGUCACCUGUCCCGCAACCUCAAUACCAACAGCCGGCUGCCUCGUUGGCUGUGAGGCCGGCCUCGACGAGUGAGCCUCCAAAGCAACAAGAGUCGCCCGCAUUUGAGCCACCACCGCCUUUCCCUGAGAGCGACGCCCCUUAUCCGCCUGAAAAGGGCGGGCAAGUGCAAGAGCCAUUAGAUACAAGUGAUCCUACCAAUUUAUCGGCUGGGGCACCACCUGCUGGUCACUUUGUUGGCGCAGGUGCCGUAGUUGAUGAUGUGGGAACUUUCAAUGGCGGAAGCUACCGCAUCAGCCAUCGUGAUUGCAACACAAUCCUGACCAUUCAGCUGGCGAUAGGCUGCCCGCUGCAAGCGAAACCUGGUGUCAUGAUUGGCAUGUCUCCGACCAUCACACUCAGAGGCGAACUAAAAUUCAGUAUGAAGAAGAUGAUUACCGGCACCGAAAUGUCCACAUCCAGGUACAUCGGCCCUGGUGAGCUUCUGCUUGCUCCUCCCAUGCUGGGAGACAUCACCAGCAUUCGCCUGAACGGCCAGGAGAGUUGGGUUAUUGGUCACGACGCGUUCCUUGCCGCCACCCAGGGAGUCAUCAAGGAGCACAAAAGACAAGGCUUGGGGAAAGCCAUAUUUAGUGGAGAAGGGCUGUUUGUGUACAGAUUGAGCGGCACGGGCAUCAUGUGGCUCACUAGUUUUGGUGCUAUUAUCCGUAAAGAUCUUGUAGAUGGUGAAAAGUACAUUGUCGACAAUGGUCACCUUGUGGCGUGGAACACCAAAUAUGUUCUUGAACGCGUUGCCUCUGGUGGUAUCAUUUCCAACAUGGCUUCGGCAGAAGGACUAGUUUGCAAAUUUACGGGUCCUGGAACCAUCUUCAUCCAGACGCGAAAUCCGAAAUCUUUCACGGCCUACAUGAGUGGGCAAGCCAUCCAGGGCUAG